UACGUGUGCGAUUACGAAGGCUGCGGUAAGGGUUUCACCAGAGACUUCCACCGCGCUCGACACCUCCUCACGCACACCGGGGAGAAGCCGUUCCAGUGCACAGCUGAUGGAUGCAGUGGAAAAUUUGGAACAAAAUCAAACCUAAAGAAACACAUUGAGCGCAAGCAUGAAAAUCGGCAGAAGCAAUAUGUGUGCGACUUUGAAGGCUGUAAUGAGUCCUUCAGGAAACAUCAACAACUUAAAGUUCAUCAGUGUCACCACACCAGCGAACAUCCCUUCAAAUGUAAUAACGAAGGAUGUGGAAAACAUUUUUCUACUCCAAGUCGACUAAAGCGGCAUGAGAAGAUACAUGAAGGCUAUGCUUGCAAGAAAGAAAACUGCUCAUAUACUGGAAAAACUUGGACAGAGCUUCUGAAACAUAAUAAAGAGAGUCAUACAGAGCCGAUAGUUUGCAGCGAGUGUAACAAAACCUUUAAACGGAAAGAUUACCUCAAACAGCAUCAAAAAACACACGCUGUGGACAGGGAAGUCUGCCGAUGCCCAAGAGAAGGAUGUGGGAGAACUUACACAACUGUAUUUAACCUUCAAAGCCAUAUCCUCUCUUUUCAUGAGGAGAAAAAGCCGUUCUCUUGUGAUUAUCCAGGCUGUGAAAGACAGAGCCUCGUAAGGCACACAGUUGUACAUGACCCUGAAAAGAGAAAGCUGAAGUUGAAAGCAAAGCGUUCUCGUCCUAAGAGGAGCUUAGCCUCUCGUCUGAGCGGCUACAUUCCUCCUAAAGUACAGCCAGGAAAGGAUGCGGUUGUGACAGAAAGCAAGAGAAUGGAUAAGCCCGUGGAAAAUGAAAUACCAACUGUUGAAAUUCUGAUUCUGCAGUAA